GCGGCCAAAAAAAGGGCCUAGAACUCAAAUUUACAGGCAGUUUUUGCACCAUAACACGGUCUGGGUUCGUUAUUUAUGCAGCAGCAGUCGUCGCCGGCUGUGGGAGCCGGCGCGGCGCCGCGCGUCGCGGUAGAAACUGCAGGAGAGCGCUUGGCGCCCGCGGCUCAAAAUGCCGCCUUGCCGCCGGCCUACGCCGCACAACACGCGCUCGUAGCCGCGCCGCAGCACCCAGCUGCGUGGGGCGCGGUUCCGCCGGCCGUAUACGCGCCACAACACGCACUGGUCGCCGCGCCGUACGGCUUCCCACCGGUCGCGGCGGCGCCGCCGCCAUACCCAGCAGUAGCGCCGGACAACGCGCUGACGGCACUGGAGCUCGCCCUCGCCCCGAAAGUAGAACCGACGCCCGCGUUUCUCGAGCUCGGGCGCUGGGUCGAGGCCCACGUCGCGAACGUUGAGAGAAGACGGAGCGUCCUCGACGCCGCCGAGUCGCUCGAAGACCUGAAGGCGUGCGACGCCGAAGAACUGGAGGAGAUCCUCGACCUGAACACGUGGCCGCGCCUCGCGCGGCAGCGCUUCCUGGGCGCGUGGCGCGAGCUGAAAGGCGAGGCUCAGGAGGAGGAGGUCGAGGAAGGCGCUUUGGUCCCCUUCGCGCUGCCGACAUUCGCCGUCGGCGCACUCGUCGACGCGGAUUUUCAGGCGCGGGGCCACUACUUCCCGGCCAUAAUCGACGCGGCCCACGGCGACGGAUCGUACCGCGUCGUUUUUGAUGACGGAGCCGUCGAAGAGCGUACGGAUCGCGUGCGGGCCUCGCCGUGGCGGCGGGACGGGAACCGGUGGGACGGCCGGCCGCUCCUCUGCCCGUGGGGGCGGAUUGGCGCUUCGAAUUGUACCUGUGCCGCGGCGCUCGUGAAGUGGCUCCCGGCGGACGGCAACACGCCGGCGCUCUACCGUGUCGAGUGCCGCGGCGUGCACGCCGGCGCGCGCAUGGAUCUACAAGCUGCCGCGUUAGAAUCUUGUGUGAGGGCCUACCGACCGCCGCCGCCGCGCGCGCCGUUAGCCCUCGCCGCGGCGCCGCUCGCCCUCGACCCCGACCGCGCCGCGUUGGCCGAGCGCGUCGCGCGGGCCGGGCGGGACGCCAUGGACGUCGACGGCGGCGACGUGGCCGCGCCAGUCCAGGACGAUGAUGAUAUCGAGGCGCCGCCGCCGGCCGCCGACGAGGAUGAUGACGCCGACAUGACCGGCGAAGCCACGAAUCGCGAGUCCGAGCCAGACGAGCCCAUAGACGGCGAGGCGAGCGACGACGAGCCCGUCGAUGGCGCGGCGUCGUUUCCGGUGGGGUCUUGGGUGCGCCACGCCACGACGGGUGCGAAGGCUGUCGUCAUCAGAGUCAUCAAUGGGCGCAGCCGCGCCGUCCGCUGCGUCGAGGGCCAGAGUGAAGAGAAAUGGAGUCUGACGCAGAUUGAUAUCGCACCAGGCACCCCACCUGCCGCCCUCGUCCGCGAAGCCGCGGCGUAUAGCGCAAAGCGCGGAGCUUGGGUGCGCGACACUGAAACCGGCACGUGCGGAUUUCUCGUCGAUAUCAGCCAAACUGGCUGGAGAACCAUCCUCUGCGACGACGGCGAAGAGUUAAAGCGGUUUCCACGCUUUUUCCGCCUCGCCGAUGGUUCCGCACCGGCGGGCCUCGUCGCCAAGGCCGCGGCGUGGCGCAAGUCUACGAAGAAAAAGGCCCCCCCGCCGCCGCCUCUGCGGAAACGCGCGGCGCCGGCCGACGCCGAGUCCUCGGAAGAAGAGGACGAAGAGCAGUCAGAAGAGAGCGCCGCGCCGAAGCGCGCGCGAGCGCCGAGGAAAUCUGGCGACGCCGUGUCUUUCCCAGUGGGGUCGUGGGUACGGGACGCCAAGGCCAUGCGGGGUCCGGGGGACAAUCCCAUCGGCGGGACCGGUGCCGACGGCAUCGUCGUUCAAAUCACUGGAGGCUGGAGGACCAUCCUCUGCGCCGACGGCACUACACUAAAAAGGCACCAGCCCUCGCUCCAGCCCGCGCCCGGCUCGCCGCCCGCCGCCCUCGUAGCUAAAGCCGCCAAGUGGCAAGCACCGGCGACGCCGAAGCCGCCUCCUCGCGCCACGGCGCCUCCGCGCACGGCACCUCCGCGCGCGGCGCGCGCCGAUGCUCCGCCGCGAGCCCAGCAGCCGCGCCCGAAGGGGGCCCCGGAAGGCGCCGUCUUCGACCACGCGGUGAAGUGGCUCGGCGAAUGGCGGUCGCCGACGUCAAGCAGCAAUAAUCGCAUUCGGCCCUUGUGGUGCGUCUGGCGACCUGGUAUUCGCCUGCUGGACGACGACGAGUUAGAUACACCGAUGCGGAAGAAGGGUGCCUGGGAGGUUCGGUGGGCGGACCGUACGGAAAGCUUCGUGGCGCGCUCGGACGUGAGGGUCUGCGUCCCGACGCGCGAGCGCCUCAAGGCCGAGGCCCAAGCACUGGCGCCACCUCCACCAAAGCGGGCUCGACGCGUAACCGAGUCGCCGCAGCCGCCGCGGCGGCCGCCGUCGCCCCAGGACCACGACCCGCCGGCGCCGCGCCGCUGCGAAAAACGGAACGCCAGCGCCGACACGCGCGCGCUCGCCGAGUACUUACGGGUCUGCGGCGCCCAAGACCCAGAGAAGCUUGCCUCUGGCUGGACUUUUUCUUACAAGACGCGCAUGUUCGGUAACACGGCGGGGACCGGAGAUAGAUACUUUCAUCCGCCGGACGGCGGAAAGCAGCUGAGAAGCAUGGCCGAGGUCGCACGCUGGCAUGGCCUCGCGGCGGCGACGUCGCGCGGCGGACCAGGCAAAAUUCUCUCCGAAGAGGAGAAGCGCGAGCUAGAAGAACGACGAGCUAUGGCCAAGGAAGACGGGCGGGCCGCGUCGCGCACCGGCCAUCCGCCGGAAAAGCGCGACUGGUACGCGGUCGCGGGCGGCAAGAAGAAAGAUUAUACCCCUGCAGCGGACGGCCUCAUCACGAAAAUACGUAACCAGAGGGGCCAGGCAGGUGGCGUAUAUGCUCGGUUAGCCGUCGGUGGAGUUUUCCUGCAGUCGCGCUUUGACGCACCAAGGAUCGCAGAGUGCGCCCUAAAAGUCGCUGCCAUGGCCCAGCGCUGCGUGUGCGGUAGGAGCGAGGGUGGCGACUACGUGAAGUGUGCUGGCGGCGGGCGCUGUCACGGGUUCGUGCAUCGUCGCUGCGUCGGAUUAAAAGCUGACGAAGAUGUUCCUGAAGGUUGGCUCUGCCCUUUGUGCGACACGAGCGGUGUUGCCGCGAAGCUCUCGGUUCACGGCGACGGCCCGCUGGCCAAAUCUUCGCCUCUCAUCGGUCGGGUCCUACUUCAGGCGCAAGGUGACGACGACGACGACGGCGCCGCUCAGGCGCCACUGUUGUUGCGUGCGGUCGGCGCGAGAAAACAGCGCGGCGGAGAAGUUCUAGUGCGCUGCGUAGCCCUCUUCGGCGAGGGCGAUGAGACGUAUGAAAUUAGCGAGGCGACCGCUCGCCGCGCUGCAAUUAGGCGCGAGACGGCUGAAGCGCAGGCCAUGGUGGCGAUGCACGCCAGGGGCGGCAAGUACACCUUCCACACGACUACGGAAGAUUGCAAUGUGUGCGCGCAUUGCCUUGGCCUGUGUGGAAAUCAAAAUUUUACGGCGCGUUCGUGCUGAAUCAUCGCGUCGUCCUCCACGCCAUCGACACGACGCCUGCUCGAUGGCGUGGCGAUGCCGGUUCCUCGCCGCUCGACCGAGCCAGGUCGGCCGCGUCAUCGCCGAGAAAUGACUUAGUGACGAAUUGUCGUGCACCCGACACACUGAUUGAUUUCCACACAGGCCUCGAUAAACCUAGCAAUGGCGGCACCGGCACCCUUAAACGAGCGUGCAUAGCGAAAGAUGAUGAGCGCGCCGUAGCAUUAUUGUAUCUCGCCUCGGGCGCGCCACCGCCGGGCGGAGGUCAGUGGGCAACGCACGGCGCCGCGCCGCCGCCGGCCACGACACCGCAGCGCAAACACGUCUACUGGGACAAUGAUCGCGGGGAGCCCGACGACUCGGACGAUGAAGAAGGCUUCGUCAAGAAGGAUGCGCGCGUCGUCGCACCCUGGAUCGACGGGCAGUGGUAUUCUGCGACGAUCGUACACGUGGGUCACCGGACCGCUCGCGUGGCGUUCGAAGAUGGAACGAUUCACACUGUGCAGCGCUCCGAGCUCCUCGAGGACGACCGCUCCUCGCGACGAAGCGUCGCAAAAAAGGUCGUCACUCCGGCCAAGCCGCGGCCCGCGCCACCGCCUCCGCCGCCGCCGCCGCCGCCGCCGCGGCCGACGGGGCCGUGCGCGAUCUGCAUGUCGACGAUCGACGACGGCGCGCACGUGCUGCAGUGCGGCCACGCCUUCCACGCGAGCUGCCUGCGCGACAUGUCGGAUGUUGUGCGCAUCGCGUCGGCCACGAGACGCUCCCGAGGGGUCGCGUGCCCGCUCUGCCGCAAGGUGACGCGCGCCGAAGUAGGCGUCGACGCCGACGAGGCCUAGGCUGUGCCCUGUUAAGUAUAAC